AUGACUUCCGAUUGCAUCAAAGAAGUUGUUCAAGGUGGUGGAGCCAAAGUUGCGUUUUGGGGCGUGAUUUCUGCAUCAGGAACCAGUUGUUGCAAAUUGUACAAUCAAAAUAUGAAUUCUGCAUUAUAUGGUGAUGUUAUAGAAAAUGAAUUAAUUCCGUCAAUUAAUAUGUGGCAUUUGGAAACAAAUGGUAUUUACCAACAGGAUAACGCACCAUAUUAUAAAACUCGUGAUAUCAAAGCUUUGUUUGAAGAUUUGUCAAUAAACAUAUUACCAUGGCCUGCACACAGUCCGGACUUAAAUCCGGUAGAAAACUUAUGGGCAAUUAUCGACAAGAAGUUUAAAAAAAUUCCUAUGCAUACUAUUCAAGAACUAAACGAACGUUUACGGAGUGAAUGGUUAUCUGUCGAAUCAACAAUUUGUGCAAACUUAAUUAAAUCAAUGCCUAAACGUAUAGCUGAAUGUGUCAAAGCAAAAGGAGGUGCAAUUGAAAAAUAA